UUGCUCAUUGCCCAUUAAAUCUCAAUUCUUGGUGCUUUUUUUGCUGAAACUGAAAGCAUUGUUGCUUUGUGAAUUUGCAGAUUCACAUCAACCCCUGAAAAAAUAUCGAAUAAGUAUUAUCUAGGGCGGCCCCUUUGGAGGAGAUGGACGGGCAAAUCGCGACGGCCUUUGGCCCCUGCGGCAACAAUAGGGACUACCUUUUCUUGCUGGAGAAGGCCAUGUUUGAUAUUGGUCAUGAAGAUGACUACGUUAUCGAGCUAGCUAACGAGGUAAGGAAGGUGCUUCUGAAUCUCAGCGGUUUGCUCAAGGAAAACAAGUUGUCGAGUUUGUCGCCACUGAAAAUGAAGGCUUCGCCUGGGGCAAUCGCCAUGGAUUUGAGGGUGGUCGGUGCCGGCGACUUCGCCGGAGGAGGGGGUGACUGAUGCCGGCGACUUCGCCAGAGGUGGGUGGCAGUGGAUGAAGAAGAAAGUGAAAGGAGAAAGAAAUAAUUUAAAUAACUCAAUA